CGAUACUACCUAGUUUCAUUCUUCCACCAUCUCCGAAAAACUAGCCGCAAUGGCAAAGAAUUUGUUCAGCGUCAGCAUCUUCUUCAUCGUCUUCAGAGAAACCCUUGAAGGCGCCAUCAUCGUAUCCGUUCUCCUUGGUCUCGUCGAGCAGAUCGUCCAUGGUGACAUGAACCACAUCAUGACUCUUAACGAGCACACUCGGCCCGUUUCGACUCACCAAAACGACAGUGAGACGACUAUACAAGGUGAAGGAGAAUCAGAUGCCACCCUCAAGAGGCGCUUGAUCCGCAGACUUAGAGUGCAGAUUUUUGCUGGCGCAGGCAUAGGGUUGUUCAUCGCAUUCGCUUUAGGUGCUGCAUUCAUUGCAGUUUGGUUUACUGAGGCCUCCAAUCUCUGGUCUAAGGCCGAACUUCUCUGGGAAGGUAUAUUUGAACUUAUUGCCUCCGUAAUGAUCUUUGUCAUGGGCGUUACCAUGCUCAAGUUGGACAGGGCCAAAGCUAAAUGGCGCGUCAAGCUCCAGCGCGCGUUUAGUGGUCAACACGUCGACCGUCGUACAAAGACUGGGAAAUGGGUACUCUUCAUCCUUCCAAUGAUCACUGUCUUGCGUGAAGGGAUUGAAGCCGUCGUAUUUGUUGGCGGUGUCGCACUCGGACAACCCGCGGCUUCGGUUCCCAUUGCAGCAAUCGUGGGGCUUAUUUGUGGCCUUAUUUCCGGCUUUUUCAUCUACCAGUUCGCUAGCCGAACGACUCUAACAAUUUUCCUUGUCGUUAUGACGAAUUUUAUCCUCCUCAUCGGUGCUGGCCUAUUUAGUAAAGCUGUCUGGUCUUUCCAAGAGUACGCCUUUAACGAAAUGCUUGGCACCGAUGUCGACGACUCGGGCGGUGAUGGACCUGGAUCUUAUGACGUACGCGGGAAUGUGUGGCACCUUGAGUGCUGUAACCCUUCGACCGAUCAGGCAUGGGGCGUGUUUAAUGCCGUAUUUGGAUGGACGAACAGCGCAACUCUCGGUAGCGUGUUGAGUUAUGUGUUCUAUUGGGUUAUGGUGAUCGUAGUACUCGUGCAUCUGAAGUACAAAGAAGGUCGUACCAAGCUUUUGGGGCGGGAGUCUGCAGCGGGCAUACGCAGGCGGCGCGCAAGCGAAAAACGGGCAGAGCAAGCGGGCAACGAAAAUCUCUCCCAAAACCCUCCCACGAACACCACCCAAAGUCCACUCGCUAGCGUUGGUUCACCAACGGGGCUUCCCCAAUGAUAUCAACACCCAAGGGAAUUUCCUUUCGCCCUCCAAAAUUCCGCCGCUCGGCUCGUCAUGAGAUGCACGAGCUGGCACACUGUGGCAGCUGCUACACAGGUACAUAGGUACUAAACACGCUCUGCCGUAUGGAGCGCCGGUACUAUAUAACUGUCGAAUCAGUACAUAUUUCUCUUGAUCAUGUAUUGAUUUACUACAUAUGUCUUGUGCUACCAAGCCUGGCCUGUCCCAAUCCACUAUAUAUAUACCCCCAUUACCUGGAAUAAAUAUUUGUUAGACUUUCCGUCUUGUUGGGUCACCUUAACCGAGUCUGGCCUCCGCUAACAUAGGCCCGGGUCUACUAGCACAUGGAUCAAUGACAAUGCAUCAAAGCGGAAGUAGUAUGGCAGCCUCAUCAAGGAUAAAUCAUGAUUCAUCUCACUUUAUCUGAUAAGACGGUUCGC